UUUUUGUUUUAUUUUUCGAUCGAGACUGACUCAUGGCGGAGAUUGAACUAAAAACAGCACCAGCCGAUUUUCGUUUUCCUACAACAAAUCAAACCAGACAUUGUUUCACCCGCUACAUAGAGUUUCAUAGAUGCUUGGCAGCAAAGGGUGAUAACUCAGGUGAAUGUGAGAAAUUUGCUAAAUACUACCGCUCCCUUUGCCCGGGUGAAUGGGUUGAAAGGUGGAAUGAACAGAGGGAGAAUGGGACUUUUCCGGGACCACUUUGAAAUCAUGUGCCGCUUGGAUAUCCUUGAGGCAUGAGGAGUCUUGAACAUUCUGUUGGUUUAUUUUCUUCAGUUAUAUUUGGUUGAGUCAUUGUGAAUAAGGCAAUUUGUGGAUAUUCAUCACUUCGCAAAUGGCUCUAGCCAUUUUGCUUUUGAAGUUGAUAUAAUUAUUCAGGUUGUGUGCCGCUCUGUACUCUCUUUGUUCAGAUCAUUAAUUUUAAUAUUAACAAUUAGUAAACUCUAUCCUAA